UUCGUUUGUCCAUCGGUGGAUUGCGACUAUACGAGCAGUUCUUUACACGUCCAAAGAGGUGCGUCAGACUUUGGGUACGGUGAUAUAUCGACGAGUAUAUUUUUGCUACUAAGACGCGCGUGGAAUACCAGAUCUGUGUUUUGUGGUGGACUUUUCGCUGGGCGUAAUAUGUGCACGUAGUUCUUCAUUGGACAAAUAUUUGGUGGUUGUUGGAUAGCAUUGCAAGAUGAUCGAGACGGAGAUCUGUCGUUGGUUGUUUCUCCUCAUAUCACUUUCAACAUGGACACUAAUAGAAUCGAAGGAAAUGCGAAUAGUCUGCUACUACACCAACUGGUCAGUCUACAGACCGGGCCAGGCUAAAUUUAGUCCACAGAAUAUCAACCCUUAUUUAUGUACACAUUUAGUGUAUGCGUUCGGGGGUUUUACCAAAGAAAAUACUUUUAAGCCGUUCGACAAAUACCAAGACAUCGAAAAAGGUGGAUACGCCAAAUUCACCGGCCUCAAAACUUACAACAAAAACCUCAAAACCCUCAUCGCGAUCGGCGGAUGGAACGAGGGUUCGUCGAGGUUUUCCCCUAUGGUAGCCAACGCGGAAAGGAGGAAGGAAUUGGUGAAAAACGCCGUCAAAUUCCUAAGACAAAACCACUUCGACGGUUUGGAUUUGGAUUGGGAAUACCCAACUUUCAGAGAUGGCGGAAAACCUAGAGAUAGAGACAACUACGCCCAACUGGUGAUGGAGCUGCGAGAAGAGUUCGAUAGGGAAUCGGAGAAAACAGGCAGACCCAGAUUGCUUCUCACCAUGGCCGUCCCAGCAGGAAUCGAGUAUAUCAACAAAGGAUAUGACGUGCCGAAACUUAUGAGGUAUUUGGAUUGGAUGAACAUUUUAAGUUAUGACUACCAUUCGGCUUUCGAACCGGCGGUCAACCACCACGCUCCCCUUUUCUCGUUGGAGGAGGACAACGAGUACAACUACGACGCAGAGUUGAAUAUCCGCAAUGAAAGCAAGGUCUGUUAUAUUAAAACGCAGCCGAGGUAG